CUUGGCAAUCAAUAUUUGUGUUAGUCUUUAUUACAGCCGUUUGUAAAAGAAAACCAGGAGCGAAGUCGAGUCUGAAUGUUUAGAGAAGCCGAAGCAAACGUGGUCUUAAAAAGGAACUAUUGAACAAACUCAACUUCGAUAAUGGCAAGCGCAAAUCUCAAAGCAUUUGUUUCGGAGAAGGAACUGACGGAGGAGCGAGAGCGUAGGCAAGAAGAAUGGGAUAAAGUUCGUACUGCAGACCAACCAGAAGAAUGUCCUGAAGAGGAGUAUGACCCUCGAUCUCUUUUUGAAAAGCUGCAAGAUCAGAAGGAGAAGAAGCAGUCAGAUUUUGAAGAACAGUUCAAAUUUAAAAACAUGAUAAGAGGAGUUGACGAUGGGGAAUCCAAGUUCUUGAAUGAUGUUGCAGAGAGACAGAUGAAGAUUCAAGCUCAGAGAAUGACAGAAGAGAAACAAAUAAUCAAUGAAUACAAGGAAUCAGUUGUGAACAAUACAGUACCUGUUGCAAGCCAGAGCACCAAAGUGCCCUCUCAGCCAGCUGAGAAGAAAGUAGCGACAGGAAGCAAGAGAAGUCAAGCAGCUCUCCUGGCUGGUGCAGUCAAGAGAAAGAGGCCCAGUUCUACAGCUGAGACUAAAUCCACUGAAAAUCUUCCAUCUGCAAGCCCACAGAACCCUGGAUCUUCAAAAGCACAAGAACCUCCUCUGACAAUGGUUCUCAUGAUCAAGACGAGCAUUCUUCAAACGAGAGCAGCGGUGAAGCCGUAGAAGGCCAGGGAGUGCAAUGUAUUGCAGUUCUUCCAGGGAUUGGGUCGUAUUCAAACAGCAGUGAGGAUUCCGACUCGGACACCAGUGAUUCGGAAGGCGUAGAGCUCAUAAAGACCGUGUUCCACAAAACUGGACCCAGACAUAAGUGUGACUCAAAGUGAUCAUGUGUUAGAACAUCAGACUGAUUCGUAAUUCAUAACACUUUGAGGAUGAGGCAUGUUUUACCAUCAUUGAUGCUGACAAAGUUCAUACAGUGAACAAAAAAACUAAACUGAAGCAGAGUAAUUCAUCACUGGCAUAGCUGCAAAGGAAGUCUGGAAAACUGGAAGGAGCUCUGGUAAAAACAAAGAAAUCUCUCAUUUUCAAAAGCUUCAUGUAAUUAAAAAAAUGAUCUCUUACGAACAACAACAAAAUACAAGCAAAAUGAAAUUUCAUACUUGAAAGGGCAUGCGCGAAUGUUCUUUGAAUCUUGGAGCUGCUUUGUCGAAGUAGCAUUUGACAGGAAUUUGAAUAUAUUUUGCACAAAUUUGUGAUCAACUAUCUCAAGUUUAAAUUGGUUUAAAUACGCAAUGGAAUCUCUUUCGACCACCAUUAUGUAAGUUAUGGCACCAUGUAUCAAGAUUGCAGGAUAACAAACCAAAUCGUGAAGUAAGGGGAACUACCAAAAAUGUUAAAAUGAAGUACCAGUACUGAUCAAAAUUGACUUCUUUGAAUGUAUGUGAUAAAUUGUUGCCCCACGCAUAUGUGAAAAAUAACCAGUCUAGGAUGGUCGAUAUUGCACUCUCGCAAACAAUGCCUCCUGUUCAUUCAAGCGUGAACACAUACCACACAAAAAUGAUACCAAACGAUUUGGGAUAUAACACUCUUUGAAAACAUGUAUGAAAACCUUUCGUUGAUAGCUGACUUAAGAAUAAAUGAAAAUAUUCUGAGUGUAAACUUUUUUUUUAAUCACACGGUAGGUCAAUCUAAUAUUUGAUGGACUGGGGUUUGGCUAAUCAGUCUUGGUCUUUGUAGAGAUGAUACAAAUCUGACGAUUUAAAAUGUGAACGAAGUCUAGUAUUGGGUCUCUCUCUUGCUACUUACAAUAAUUUAUUUCAGAUGUGUAAGGGAUGCCUACAAAAUGUCAUUGUAUGAAGUAUGCAUAAAGCAUUGUCAUAAGUAAAGAGAAACUAGAAUUAGACUAAUUCCUUAAAUGAAUUAAAGUAAUUCCUUAGACUAAGCAUUGAAAGCAUUGUCAUAAGUAAAGAGAAGCUAUAAUUAAAGUUAUUCCUUAGACAACUAUUCUUAACAUUACAUGUAAAGCAUUUUCUUUUCAUUUCUUCCAAGUACAUGUUUAAAUUUGUUUUUAUAAUACAAACAUUUUUAUUUACUAUUGUGCAGUGAACUAUUUCAUCUUGCAGUGGAUUUCUCUUCUGCAUGUACUUUACAAUACAGUUUGUCUGUAGUCAUUGAAUUUCUCUUAAAUAUAAAAAUGAUUGAGUAUUUCUUUUUACUGCAUGUCUAUACUCGCUAAUAGGGAAUGAAUUGGGCAUCUUGAUUGUUGAUAUGCUAUGCCCAUGAAUAAAACAACCACUUUUUUAAAAACAUGGAAUGUAUAUAGCAGGUCUGUUUAAAUUAAGGACUUAAAGUUGGAAUUACUUUGUCAUCAUAGGAAUGUACAUGUAUAUUAACUAUUAUGUAUUCGUUCACAUGACUUUUAGUCUUGAAACAGCAGUUUCUACUCUUCAUACUGAUCCAAGUGGUUCCAAUUAUUCAAAUAUUGGAUUCUGAUAUUCAACUGAGAAAAAAAAAAGUACUUCCACCAAUUUUCUGUAAAAAAAAAAGAAGAAAGAAAAUACUUCAAUGAUUUUCCAACAUUUAUUUUUUCUAGAGUUGUGGUAUUGUGAAAUGCAUACCUGCUAUUUCAGAUUUUGUAAGACAGGUGUUUUAUUUUAGAAUGAACUCUUCAGAACACUAUCAAUGCUAUUGUAUAUUGAACAUAAGUUUAAUAACUUAACAUUUGUUUUUCAAGGAAAAGCUGCAUUAGAAAUGCAAAAAGUAAACAUCAAUUUUUGAAUUAAUUUGAUUUUUUUUUUAUAAUCUGAGCUGUAAGGUAAAAAUCAAUAGUUACCAUUUGUGUUUAAUAUUCAGGAAAGUUUAUAAGAAAUAAAAACAAUCAUAUUCUUA